AUGAAUCUGGGCGUAGGAAAAGUGAAUCUUUACACUCUUUUCGCUCUCGUUUUUCUGGCCUCCCUCAUUGGCAAGUCCAACGCGUCAUUAGGAGACCACCUCCCCGACUUCAAAGAAUGUGUCCAGGUCUGUAAAACGGAAAAUUGUCAGAACGGCAAUUCAGUGCUACCUCUGCACCUCCGCUUGCUACUAUGGACCUGCCCUGCUGAAUGUGACUACACCUGUCAACAUGUCAUUACCGACCGUCGAGUUUCGCGUGAUCCUCCAAUGAUCAGCCCGAUUGUACAAUUCCACGGGAAAUGGCCGUUCCGUAGGCUCCUAGGGAUGCAGGAGCCCUUCUCGGUGCUCUUCUCGUUCUUCAACUUCGCCGCCCACUGGCACGGCAUGUCCCGUAUCCAAGAGUCGAUCCCUAGUUGGCACUCACUCCGCCCAUACUACAUGAUGUUUGGAUACAUUGGACUCGCAAGUUGGAGUUUCAGCAUGUUAUUCCACAUGCGCGAUUUCCCCUUGACCGAGAAACUGGACUAUUGGGCGGCUGGCGCCAACGUGCUGUUUGGUCUCUACCUUGCCGUCAUUCGAAUCCUCCGCCUGGACCUCGAAAAUCCUCCAUAUCGGCCAACCCUGCGUCGACUUUGGACUGCUAUCUGCGUUCUGCUAUAUUUAUUGCACGUGUCUUAUCUUACCUUCUGGUCUUGGGACUACACCUACAAUAUGAUAGCGAACGUAGUGGUUGGCAUUAUCCAGAACCUUAUGUGGACCGGGUUCAGUAUCUUCCGAUACCAAAAACAUUUGAAGUCUUGGACCGCCUGGCCUGGUAUGAUUGUGGCGUGGAUAAUCAUGGCUAUGAGUUUGGAGUUGCUCGAUUUCCCCCCUUGGAAUGGGUUGAUUGACGCGCAUAGCCUCUGGCAUCUGGGUACAGUGGUCCCCGCUGUGUGGUGGUAUUCGUUCCUGAUCAGGGACACACAGGACGAUAUUGCGGCGCAUAGGCUCAAGGCAUGAAGAGGAUCAAAAUUUGGCGAAAUU